GUGUCGGCUACCUGGAUCACAGGGCGUGAGCAAGACAUUGAUAUACGCUGUCUUGCAAAAUCAAACCCCGCAACGUGACAUUCCGAAGGAUCAACCGGGUAUCCGAGAGUGUCGCUUCGGAUGUGUCCCGUCGCCGAUAAGAUCGGAAGAAGCCAGAUUCUGAAUAGGGCAGGCGGUGAUCUAUUGCAACACGUGAUGCAUUAUGUCUUAGUAAGCCUCUUGGUCUUUGGUACAUAUUCCGUAUUCCAAAAUCUCCUGUAUAUUGCUAGGAUAGGCAUCUGGCUAGGCCUCAGUGGAAUCAGAUUCCUUGAAUUUGGAGUGCUAUGCUGUCAGUCGCUUAUUUGGUCUCUGUUUGACCUGGGGUUCAUUGGCUUUCAAUAUCCAAUCAACCCUGUCUCGUUCGUUUGCUCGUCAGCCAUCUGGACCCGUUGUAUUGGUGGUCUUUUUAUAUUUUAUGCCGGUAUCAGCCGGAUGGGGUACAUAAAUAUAAAAUUUGAUGCUACACAAACAUACAAUAGGACUAUUUUAUUUCUGAGCUUGCAUUUAUUCAUGACCACUACAAAAAUAGUGGUAGAGUAAAAAGCAAGCAUAGAGAGAAAUGUCAGGGGUCACUUGAGGUGUGUAAAUUCUAGACAUCAUCCUCAAGUAUCACUCACUAUGCUGAGUAUCAAAGAGCAUGCGUCAUUGUGGGUUUGCCUUGGUUUUUAGUAUACAAAAAAGCGCCCUUUAUACUACCUAACAUAUGAGAGAGAACCUUGGAAGUAUGGAGU